GCUUAUUCCUGCUAUCCCCCAUAAACUUUGGGCCAUUUCUAGAGUAUUCUCAAUAAGGGUACGGCCUUCAUCGUGGUGUCCAUUUUGGUAUAACACGCGCCGUCCCACUGGAGUCCGACCCCAAAACUCGCAUUUGACAGCGAGGAGACAAACCCGAAUUUAUCCCUUAAAAUGUCCAAAGUAAUGGAGAAGGUCCGGUUCAUCUUCCGGACGUUCAUCUUUGUCGUUAUCAUGGACUGUUCCGCCGCGUCUAUCAAUCUCGUACAAUACCCGUCCCUCAUUCUCUCCCUCGUCUCACGCCACCUCUACCGACGAUACAUCCAAUUUACACAGGCCAUGUUUGGCUCCUUGAUCGUACUGCUGACAUAUCUUUUUACACCUGUGGAGAUUGUUGUAACCGGCAAUCAUAGACAUCUGGAUAAAGAUGCCACUGCGGUCAUCAUGGCCAAUCAUCAGAUCUACAGCGAUUGGUGGUGGCUGUGGAUUUUGGCGUGGAAGAGGAAUGCGCAUGGAAGUUUAAAGAUUAUUCUAAAAGAGUCUUUGAAGUUUUUGCCCGUAUUUGGUUGGGGAAUGCAAUUCUUCGAGUUUAUCUUCCUCGCUCGUAAAUGGGCUCUGGACCGAGUUACUAUGUCAAAAAUCCUUCAUCGCUCGCUUCGCGACAAACUUCCAGUCUGGUUGGUCAUCUUUCCCGAAGGCACUAUCAUUACUGACGACACGAAAGAAAAGUGCCGUGCCUAUGCCAAGAAGAUGGAUAUCCCCGAUGAUCCACAACAUGUCCUCAUACCAAAAUCGACUGGCCUAUACUUUUGUCUCAAAAAUCUCCAACCCGCCGCCACCCAUCUAUGGGAUAUCACAAUGGGUUAUCAGGGACUAGAUGGAAAGCAAACCCCCUACGAAGUCUAUAGUCUGAGUCGAGUCUUUUUUGAAGCCAAGGGUCCUGAGCGUGUUCACAUGCACGUCCAAAAAUUCCCUGUAAAAGAUCUUCCGGGCUUCAACGAAGCGGCGACAAUGAAUACAAGAGAUGACGAAAAAAUGGAUCGUUCUGAAGUCGAAAGCAAGAAGGACGAAGACCGCUCAGAGCAGUUUAGUCUCUGGCUUCGGAAGCGGUUCUUAGAAAAGGACGAGUUGAUGGCUGAAUUUUACAAGAACGGCCAAUUUAGUGACGACGGUGAUGAGCCUUUGAUUAUUCGGCCUGUGCCUACGCUCGCUGACUGGGCAUCUUUGGCGGGUGUCCUGAGUCUUGGGACGGGAGUGGCUAUUACCCUUUGGAAUUGGUGGAUAUGAAAUUACUCGACUAGAGAUGAAUGUGUAGGGUACACUGUAGCACGUCGAAAUGAUAUCGUAUGUUUGAAUAGCCAAUUUUAUAUAUACGGGAAAGUUAGACCUCUUUAACGUGCCCUCGUGCGGAUACGCUUUGCCAGCGUAGUCAUUUUCAAGGCAGGAAUAUAAAGCUGUUUGCGGGA